UAAAGCAAAGGUCAGAGAAACGACAUACCCGGGCAGACCGUCUGUCAGUGGGGCUCCCGGCCUGGGAGUCCAGGGAGGGGAGCUUCAGAAAAAGAGCCAGCAAUUUUUCUUUUUUUUUUUUUGGCCUUUAAUUCUGAUUUACAGAAAAUAAGACCAUCGUAGAAAGCUCCAAAAUGUUCUUCAGACUCCCAAGACUGACUCCUAGUUACAUCAGGCUGCUGCAGACUCAGGCCUACCACAACAUGCCUGUGGCGCCUCCAGACGAGAGGACCAUGCCUGGUGUGGCUAUGCUCCUGGGGGCCGUGGGGAUCGGGAUGUGUGGCUACAGCUCCAAGCAGUUGGCCCUCCACCACAGGCCAUCCACUCGCGUGCUGCACUGGGUCGGCACCCACACCGAUGCCGGCAGCAUGGGCACAGGAGCCCAUGCGCGGAGCCCCUUCCAGGAUGUCACUCGUCGAGCUGCUGCCUGCCAGGAGAUCCCACCACCCUCCUUCGUGGGGCAGAAAUUCCCCUGAAACAUGCAACAAUAUAGUAAAUAUAGCUUAGUCAGCAUUACGGGUUUAGCUUGGUAACUAUGCUUUCACUUGUCUAAGAUUGAAGCUAUGCUGGCCCUUUGCAACAAAGUGGCCCUUGUGCUCUCUAAAGAUCAGUAAGUGUGGAUACCUUACUUAACUCAUGUGUUGGCAAGAGUAAUGUGGAUUUAUGUAACUAGUGCAAACAAUACAUUCUGCUGGGUUGUAUUUACUAAGAGUUUUGAAAGCACUGAUUGGGCACUGAGCAAUAAGAGUGACUGGAUGGAGCUGAUGCUAGAACGUCCCAAAGACAGUUGAUUAUCGUGGCCUCACUGAGGUGCCGGUUUGGAUUUGGGGCCAUUGUGCAUUUUUUAAAUUUCUGCUACAAAAAGUGACAAAAAGUGAUCCGGAUGGUUCGCCUCCCCCUUCUCUGUGACCCUUACCAAGACCAAAAACCACAUAGGUGCUUAAUCAGCUCUUUCAUGCCCAUGACCAACUAAUUUCCUCUAAGAAAGAAGUGGAUUGAUCUUUCAACAGUCCUUGGCAUUUGUAGUAGGAUACUGGUUGAUAUUUUCUUUUUACAUCUACAAUAAGACAUGUUAAAGCUUGCACAGCAACACUUUGCUGGAUUGUGAGUCCUAAUUGGCAUGUUUGACACGCUGUAGGAAUCUGUCAGACAAGGUAAAGACCAAAACCUGUGUCCUGCAGGGAUUAACCUUGGUGGAAAAUCACUCCUGGCACACACACAUACAUGUACACACACAUUAAGCUAAUCUGGUAUUAGCGAGUCGAGGACCUGUGGGAAGCAGACACUUCCUGUGCAGCCAGACAAUGUGCCGUUCCCCCUGCAGCGUCCACCUUUCUUCUCAGAGUCACAGGUGGGGUUUAAAUUGACGGUGGUGUUUUCAUUUCCAUCUAAAACUAGACGUGAAGCAUAAAAUUGGGACGUGAGAUGUGGCGAGGCACUGAGUGUGGUUGAGAGCGAGCGCUGUGCCUUAUUGGUUGCACAGGAUUAUACUGCUGUAUUCUUGGCAAGAUUUGUAGCACAUGGCACAUCUGGGCAAACAACAGGAGGAGGUUUCAAGACUAUACAGUGAAGAUGGAGAGAAAGUUGUAAGGGUUGUAAUCUUGUAUUACAUAGCCAAAAAGCCAGCUUAGUCUGUCUGCCAAAUUGGACAAGUAGUGAGUCUUUCAAGUCCCAACAGAGACUCUCCAGGACACAGACGCAGCGGGUCAUCUACAAGACAUUCAUAAUCCAUUCAGCAGAGGAGGCGAAUGCAGCUGGAGUUAAAUGCUGAACAAUGUCACCUACACGGGCCAACACCCAUUAACAGUUACAUGAUGGGGUUGUAAUGGAAAAAUAACGAAGAAAACAAAACAGAUACUUGUAGAAUCAAAUGUGACUCAUUUUCUUAUGCCUGAUCGGAACUACUUUGAUUCAUCAAUUUCACAACUUCUGAAUGUCUGAAAAUGACAUAGUCUGGGCUGAAGGCUGAGUAAUGCACCUGACUGCUUCUGAUAGAUUCUCGUCACACUGCAGUGGAGCAGAGUGAGCAGCGAGCACUGUGGAAACCUACUGAUCUCAAUCAGAGAGUGAGCUUGUCUCCUUUCUGCAGCCAACCUUCACCCAGCAUCGUGGAAUUUAUUAGAAAAUACUGCCACGAUUGUGAUUUUGAAGGGAAAAUAUCUGACAACGUGCAGGCUGCUGGAAUAAAAAUGCGUGGGGAACAACAUUUUGAAGGUGCAGCAUUCAUCUGUCAGCUUGUUGUGUGUUGCACAUCAGUGCUCGUCAGUUUGUUAGUCUGCAUAUUCAAGUUCAGCCGUGUCAAAGGUGUGAUUUGUUUGUAGAAGAAAUUAAUAAAUUUGU